AUGCUACAGCAGCCUACUUCAUGUCCUAUGACUGAAAAGGUUCUGCCUAGCAAUUGUUCUAAGAAAGCAUUAAAAACUAUUAGGGGAUUGAAAACUGAUUCGAUGUUGUCAACUCCCAGUUUGCAAAACAAAUAUCCAUUGCAAAUUUGCUUUAAAGUAUUUAGGAAGACUUCCGUAUUCUCAUUAUCUAAGGCCUCCAAAUAUCGACUAAAAGUUGUUCUUAAUGUGAACAUCAUAGUAAGCAGAGAGCAUGCUAACCAAAGUCGAUUUGCCGAAUUAUUAAGGGCGAAGAAAGAGAAUUUUAUAAUUUGGUUGAGCUUUGA